CGCUCUGCUGCUGCCGGCUUCGGCCGGGCGGCCGCGGGGGAGGCCAUGCAGGCGCGCUACCCGGUCUCCAGCCCCAACUCGCUGGGAGUGGUGCCUUACCUCGGCGGCGAGCAGAGCUACUACCGGGCGGCGGCGGCUGCGGCGGCGGCGGCUGGAGGAGGCUACGCGGCCAUGCCGGCGCCCAUGAGCAUGUACUCGGCGCACCCGGCGGCCCAUGAGCAAUACGCGGGCGGCGGCGGCGGCGGCGGCGGGGGGCCGGGGCGGCCGUACGGGCCCUACCCGUCGGCGGUGGCGGCGCCGCAGCCCAAGGACCUGGUGAAGCCGCCCUACUCGUACAUCGCGCUCAUCACCAUGGCCAUCCAGAACGCGCCCGACAAGAAGAUCACGCUCAACGGCAUCUACCAGUUCAUCAUGGAGCGCUUCCCCUUCUACCGCGACAACAAGCAGGGCUGGCAGAACUCCAUCCGCCACAACCUCUCGCUCAACGAGUGCUUCGUCAAGGUGCCCCGCGACGACAAGAAGCCCGGCAAGGGCAGCUACUGGACCCUCGACCCGGACUCCUACAACAUGUUCGAGAACGGCUCCUUCCUCCGACGCCGCCGGCGCUUCAAGAAGAAGGACGCCGUCAAGGACAAGGAGGAGAAGGAGCGCCUCCACCUCAAGGAGCCCCCAGCCGCCGCCGCCGCCCCCCACAGCGCCGCCGCCCGCCCCCCGCCGCCGCCCCCCGACGGCCCGGCCCCGGCCCAGCCGCCCCCCGUCCGCCUGCAGGACAUCAAGACCGAGAACGGGGCCGCUUCGCCCCCGCCCACCGUCUCCCCGCUGGGCGGCGCCCCGGUGCCCAAGAUCGAGAGCCCCGAGAGCUCCAGCACCAGCAGCCUCUCCAGCGCCGCCGGCGGCGGAGGAGUAGGCGGUGGAGGCAGCCCGCAGGCGGCGGGCGGAGGAGGCAGGGCGCUGGGCCUGGAUCCCGACCCCCAAGCGCAGCAGCACCACCAGCACCACCCGCACCAUCACCCCCACCACCCGGCGGCGCACCACCACCAUCACCACCCGGCGGGCGGCGGCGGCGGCGGCGGCUUCAGCGUGGACAACAUCAUCCUGACCUCCUUGCGCGCCUCGCCCCAGGGCGCGGGGGAGCUGCUGGCGCUGCCGCCCGCCUCCUCCGCCUCCUCCCGGACCGCCGCCUUGCCGCCGCCUUCCCUCGCCCUCAGCAGCUGCUACGCGCCGGCGGCGGCGGGCCAGAGCGCGCUCUACAGCGCCCCCUGCAGCCAGGGCGCCAACACCACCGGCAGCCACAGCGGCGCCCUCGCCGCAGCCACGCAAGCCGGAGGAGGAGGCGGCGGGGGGAGCAGCUACCAUUGCAACUUGCAAGCCAUGAGCCUUUACGCGGCCGCCGCCGCCGCCGCCGCUGCGGGAGGCUCUGGGGGCGAGAGAGGCGGCGCCGGGGGGCACCUGGGCGGGAGCCCGGGAGAGCAGGACCCGCUUCCCGACUACAGCCUGGCGGCCAGCAGCGGCAGCAGCAGCGCCUCGUCGCUCAGCCUCAGCCCCCCCGAGGGCCACCCGCCCGCCGGCGGCCGCCUCGCCUCCUGGUACCUCAACCAAGCCACCGCCGUCGGGGAACUCGCCCACUUGGCCCCGGCAGCCGCGGCGGCUGCGGCGGCGGCGGCUUCUUCGGCUGCCUCCUCGGCCUCGCCGGCCGGCUACCCAACGCACCAGCAGCAGAACUUCCACGCCGUGCGGGAGAUGUUCGAGUCCUCGCAGCGCCUCGGCUUGGCGCACUCGCCCGGCGGCGGCAACGGCAACGGACCGGCCAGCAGCUGCCAGAUGGCCUUCCCCGCCGGCCAGGCCCUGUACCGGCCCUCGGGCGCCUUCGUCUACGACUGCGGCAAGUUCUGACACCCCC